CGACGGCAUUAAAAAUUAUUGAAGAUGGCAAACGAGGCGGAGGAAACCGUACGUAAACUCGCAAUGCAUAAGGGCGUGGUUGGUGUUAUAAUUGUUAAUGGCGAAGGAAUACCAAUUAAAACAACUCUGGAGAAUCAUGUGUCAGUCCAAUACGCUGGACUUAUGAGUGCUUUAGUUGACAAGGCCAAAUCCGUUGUGAGAGACCUGGAUCCAUCGAACGAUUUGACUUUCCUGCGCAUUAGAAGCAAGAAGAGCGAAGUCAUGGUCGCUCCGGACAAGGAUUUCAUCCUGAUAGUUGUUCAAAACCCGGUCGAAUAAUGAAUGCUUACGGCUUUGCACUUUGGAGCCGUAUUUGUUUUUAAUGUGACAUACCCGUAUUGAAUUAUUGAUAUACCGAAUCCAUUAUCUUCGAAUGUCAGAUUGAAUUUAGUAGUGCUACACUUUUCCCUCUAGAAAGGGAACUUAAAUCUGCUAAAUUAAUGUCCAUUUUCUAUCCAAAAUCUAUUCCGAAAAUCGCGCGGGCUAGCUUUUGAAUAAUAAUAAAAAAAAAUGUUAAAUUUAAUUCAGGCAAUUCGAUUAAGUAGGUAAGCAUGCAGAAAAAAUAUUGAUUGAUGCGAGUAUUUAUUACACAAAUUACAGAGGAAAAACAAAUUAUGCAAGAAUAAAUAACUUAACGAGAAUUCAAAAAAUGUGCUAAGGGACCUCAUGCAGAAUGUGCUAAGGCACCUUGA